AGGGGCGGUGCACGCGGCGCACACAGACGAAGGCGGCCGGCUGCGCUCGGGCCGCGAGGAGGCGGCGCAUGUGGUCGCUCCGCUCGCUGCUGCUGCUGCGGGCCGCGGCCGGGCGCACCAUGUCGCAGGGGCCCGCCCGCCGCCCGCGGCCGCCCAAGGACCCGCUGCGGCACCUGCGCACGCGGGAGAAGCGCGGCCCGUCGUGGGAGCCCGGGGGCCCGAACACCGUGUACCUGCAGGUGGUGGCGGCCGGCGGCCGGGACGCGGGCGCCGCGCUCUACGUUUUCUCCGAGUACAACCGGUAUCUGUUCAACUGUGGGGAAGGCGUCCAGCGACUGAUGCAGGAGCACAAGCUGAAGGUGUCACGUUUGGACAACAUAUUCCUGACCCGAAUGCACUGGUAUAAUGUUGGCGGGUUGUGUGGAAUGAUUCUGACUCUAAAGGAAACCGGGCUUCCAAAGUGUGUACUCUCUGGGCCUCCACAACUGGAGAAGUACCUAGAAGCUAUCAAAAUAUUCUCGGGGCCAUUGAAAGGAAUAGACCUGGCCGUGCGGCCCCACUCUGCACCAGAGUACAAGGACGACACAAUGACCGUGUUCCAGAUCCCCAUUCACAGUGUUGGCCAGAGGACACUUGGCAGGGACCCCUCCUUGGUGGUAGCCUUCGUCUGCAAGGUAAGUGCCUGGCGAUCUAAUGGCCUGGUUUUAGUGGGGCUUCCCGUUGGCACUGCGACCCCUUUGCCGCUUCUUGCUGCUGUGAACACUGGGCACACAGCGACCCCAGUGGUUUCACAGAUCUUGCCUGAAGAGAUCUGCACGCCUCCAGAUCCCGGGAUCGCUUUUGUUGUGGUGGAGUGUCCAGACAAGGGGUUCAUUCAGCCCCUCUGUGAGAAUGCCGCCUUCAGGAGCUACCAAGGAAAGGCUGAAGCCCCCGUGGCCCUGGUGGUUCACAUGACUCCGGAGCAUGUGCUGCUGGACAGCAGAUACCAGCAGUGGAUGGAGAGAUUCGGGCCCGACACCCAGCACCUGGUCCUGAACGAGAACUGCACGUCGGUCCACAACCUCCGCAGCCACCGGAUCCAGGCGCAGCUCAACCUCAUCCACCCUGACAUCUUCCCCGCGCUCGCCAGCUUCUGCCCGCAGGAAGGGAGCACCGCGGCCGGUGUGCCCACGGUCCGGGGCGAGUGUCUGCUCAAGUACCAGCUGCGGCCCCGGCGGGAGUGGCAGAGGGAUGCUGUUAUGACGUGCAGUCCUGAGGAAUUCAUAGCCGAGGCCCUGGAGCUGCCCAACUUCCAGGAGAGCGUGCAGGAGUACCGGAGGGCGGUGCAGGACAGCCCGGCCCCAGCAGAGGAGAGAAGUCAGUACCCAGAAGUCGUCUUCCUGGGAACAGGGUCCGCGAUCCCCAUGAAGAUUCGGAAUGUCAGCUCCACGCUUGUCAACAUCAGCCCCGACACGUCUCUGCUGCUGGACUGCGGUGAAGGCACAUUUGGGCAGCUGUGCCGCCACUAUGGGGAAGACGUGGACCGCGUCCUGGGCGCCCUCGCUGCCGUGUUCGUGUCCCACCUGCAUGCGGAUCACCACACGGGCUUGUUAAACAUCUUGCUGCAGAGGGAGCGAGCUUUGACAUCCCUGGGAAAGCCGCUCCGCCCUCUGCUCGUGGUCGCCCCCACCCAGCUCAAGGCCUGGCUCCAGCAGUACCACAACCAGUGCCAGGAGGUCCUGCAUCAUGUCAGUGUUAUUCCUGCCAAAUGCCUUCAGAAAGGAGCCGAGGUCUCCAACCCCGAAGUUGAAAGGUUGAUUAGCUCGCUGCUGGGAGCAUGUGACUUGGCGGAGUUUCAGACCUGCCUCGUCCGGCACUGCAAGCACGCGUUCGGCUGCGCUCUGGUCCACUCGUCUGGCUGGAAAGUGGUCUACUCAGGGGACACCAUGCCCUGUGAGGCUCUGGUCCAGAUGGGGAAGGACGCCACCCUCCUGAUCCACGAGGCCACGCUGGAAGACGGUCUGGAAGAGGAAGCCGCGGAAAAGACACACAGCACGACCUCCCAGGCGAUCAGCGUGGGGAUGCGCAUGAAGGCGGAGUUCAUCAUGCUGAAUCACUUCAGCCAGCGCUAUGCCAAGGUCCCGGUCUUCAGCCCUGACUUCAAUGAGAAAGUUGGAAUCGCCUUUGACCACAUGAAGGUCAGCCUGGGAGACUUCCCGACGGUGCCCAAGCUGAUGGCACCGCUCAAGGCCCUGUUCGCUGGCGACAUCGAGGAGAUGGAGGGGCGCAGGGAGAAGCGGGAGCUGAGGCUGGUGCGGGCGGCCCUCCUGGCCCAGCAGCCGGACGGGGGCCCCCAGCAGAAACGGGCCCCUGUAGAGCAGCCCCAGAGCCCCCUGAGCAAGAAGGUCAAGGUGCAGUAGCGAUGCAGGUGGCCUGAAGAUGGGCUGAGGCUCCAGGCUGGGACUGAUCGGUGGAGAACGGCCACGCUGGCUUGGCAGACGUCGCCUGGAGAACCGGGGCGCACUCGCAGCUGGCCAGCCCGCCCCCGGGGGCGCUGGGCCGUGGGUGUGAAGGCGCCGAAGUGAAGAGUCCAUCUGGAACCUGAGCACUUUGCUUCGUCCUGGUGCCACCGCUGAGCCAGAGUCGCCACGUCACGCUGCCAGGUACCCAGUGUCCCCAGAGCCGCCUCCCCUCAGCAGCGGCUCCGGGAACGUAAGCCUUCCCGUUGCUCGGGGCUGUAACGAGACAAGACUCACUCACCGGCGUCUGGCGUGUCGGGACCUCGUGGGCGGGCUGCUUCAUCCUCCCUGGAUUCAACAACAGAGGUGAGGGGCUGAAAAUUGAGUUUUCAAAGAUGCAGCUCACAUUUGCGUAGUCUUCCCUCCUGCCACCCAGAGAAUGUAAGCUGUAACAUCUCAGGCGCUGAGAGACACAGACCGAGGACGGGACUGGCCGUGACCUCGAGUUUCCUCGAGUCCCGCGUCCCCGCGAGCUUGUUAGUAAAACAGGAAGCUAGGCCACGCUCAGGGAUAAUAAAUCUAUUUUAAUAACAUUA